CCGAACGGAAUAGCAAUGAAUCGUUGGCUGACCGUAGUUUUCCUGGUGGCUUCCGUUGGAGGAGCCUUAUCGCUGUACACUGCCGUUUCGGUAGGUUCCGGAGGACUAGCCAGCGUAGCUACUAAUCUGAAAUCGUUGUCUGUCGUACUAAACAACUAUUACACCGCCCUCAACACUGGAAGAACAUUGGUGAACGCUACUCUGAACGAUCUGGGGUAUUAUGUGGAUGUAACCUAUGCUGGAUUGAACAAAGCCUACGGAGCUAGCCAAAUGAGCUUGUCAGGAUUUUUGUCGACUGUUCAGUACUUCAACCAGUCCUUGCAAACCGGAGAACAGAUGGUCAACAUGCAGAUAUCUACGGACCUGUCCCAACUUACCAGCACGCUCCAGCAGGCAAUUGACACGAUCAUCCAAACCUACUCAUCCUCGUUGUACACGCUGAGCUCUUCCAUGAACGGAGUGUUCAACAUGGACAUUUGUGUUGCCAAAAAUGUGACUCAGAUGAUCAACAUUCCCAGCUCUAUCGGCAAAUUGGGUUCAUGCCUUCAACAAGAGGUCAACACCGCCAAAGCAAUCACCCCAAUCAUUGUGUCUACCAUCAAAAUGUUCAAGAAUGAUCUUAAGGCACUCAAUGCUCAGCUGCAAAUCUGCCAGCCCACAUCCAACUCGUGUAUCGAUCAGUACUUUAUGAACAUUUACUCGGAAAUGAGCACGAUUCAGAGUGCUUUGAGCAUGGUGCAACAAUUUAUCAGUUCUGCCCAACAAGACGCUUCAACGCGUAACCGAAUCUGCUCUGAUCUGGUCACCGGUGACAUUCAGGACGCGAUUCAGAACAUUCAAUCGGCGGUGAGCAGCUGUUCAUACCCAAUGUAUUAA